UACUAGUACUACCGCACCUCAUUUUUUUACCUAAAGUCAUCGAAGUCCUAGACAGAAAUCAAAUAGAAACAUUAAAAAUCUAAUUUCUUUCAAAAUGGCAUUACUGAAUAAAUUAGUGGUGUUUGCUGGAUUUGUAUUCCUUCUUCACGCUGCGUAUUCUGCGGCUCAACACCGAGCGUAUUUGAGGAUCACGGAUCAGGAAUUUACAAACCUUCCCGUGGAUAUAAUAUUUCAAGCUGUUCUAAGUCUGAUGCUGAUUAUCUAUAAUAUUUUACAAGUGGUAGGGGAUUUCAAGGAGAUUCGAGCGGCAGUGGAUUUGCAGGCCAAAUCAUGGGAAACGCUCGGAAACAUUCCUUCGUUUUACACGUUCAAUCACCGCGGUAAAGCCUUAUCCCCCUUCUACGAACAACCUAACCCGACAGCAAUGGAACGGUCAGAUUUAAGCAGUUUUGAGUGAGUAAGGCAUUUUCACUAGGAAUUUUAUUGGACGUUAAUUUAUUUGCAGCAAAUAUAUUUGUCGAUUUGAA